AUGGAGUACACAUAUGCCCAGCCUGGCUACCGCCAGACAUAUCAGGAAAUGCGACAGAAGCCGGCCCCCAGAGACACAUUCUUCAGUUUAAAGCAUGAAACCGUCGAUCAGCGGCCAGUUUCAGUUGCCACUGAGUUUGUCGAUACUGAUUGGGACGAGGAGGUUAUGAGUGACGUGGAGGACAACUCGCCGCGCAUCAGUCUGCAAUCUGCUGGCCAGCCAAGCUUCACCACGCAGUCAUCAUGGGAUGAGGUUCCUACGCCGAGAUCUAGCCAGGAUGCGUACAUGGCAUCGCACAAGACCAUUGAGGGGCCUCGGGGACCACAUCUGUUCGGCAACUCCAUCGAGGAUGACUUUAACGAGCAUGAUAUGAUUUUGACAAUGUCCCCGAUGACGCCAAAAGCUCCGAGCCAUGUACCCGAUUUCUUCUACACGUCUUCUGAGAAGCCGCCUCCUUUGCGGAACAGCCCCUUUCAGUACACUAGCGAGGAACUCGACACAUCGAACCUGGUUGAAUGGACACCGGAAAUGGUGGCGCAGUCCAUGCUCAAUGCUGGCAUUGAGGUUCCAGUAGCUGAUCGCUUCAUCGAGAACGACAUCAACGGAGCCAUUCUCAUCACCCUCAAGUUUGAGGAUCUGCGUGAACUCGAUAUCUCUUCGUUUGGCAUUCGGACUCGCGUGUGGCACCAGAUUCAAGCACUCCACGACAGCCGACCUGCGUCUCCCAGGGCUCCCACGCCGAUCGAAGACGCGCCCAGUCGUGAAGCCCGAAGGGAGCUCAGGGACCAGGACCGCACCGAGUUGUCUCGCGGCGCGAGCAGGCGGCGAGUGCGCAAGCAGCCCUCGGCGAACGACAGUAUCGCUCCUGGCGAGUCUGUCUCCAUCAUCGGGAUUGAGCAGGUUAUUCCCAAACCCCAUGUCUGCUCCAAGGGUGAGAACUGCUCCAAGUUCCGGAAGCAGGCACGCUUGAUAGAGCGAUUCCAGAAGAUGAACCCAAAUGUCGACGUCCAUGCUGCCGCUGGUACUGUCAUGAUCGCAGGCGACGCAGGAAACCCCGAGACAGCCCAGGCCCUCAAUCCCAAUGAGUUCCAUCGCCCAAUGUCGGAUGCUGUCCCUUCUGUCGUCGCGUCGUCCGAUGUCAUGGGCACCCACGGCAUGGCACCUCUGCAGUAUCUACAGGAGGCUACCUUGCGCAGCGUGCAGGAGCGCGACCCCCAGGACAACGUGCGACACUUUUUGCGUUUCCAAAAGGCUGACGCCAAUGAGGUGCCCCCUACGCCCCCUUAUGAGAUGGGCAACAACGGCGCACCUCACCAAGGCCUUCGGCGGCUACCAAAGCUGACGAUCCCUGGCACGAACACAUCGCAGUCCCCUAACCGCCCUCAACCACCGCGAGCCGCGACGGUCCCUCCACCUACGCAGCAGCAGAAGCAACGUUCGCCUCAGCGGCAGCAGCGCUACAGCCACCAGUCGCCCCUCUCCCAGUCCAUCCACCAGUCUCCCGAGGAGGAGCAGUUCCAGCCUUACUCCAUGGACAAGGCUGACCCCCGUUCUCCCGAUCUGGAGACAUCUCGCAAUCCUUAUAGAUUCGGUACUCCUUUCUCAGAGAUGGACGUUCCCGUCACUGCUGUUGCCCUGGGCCCAGUCGCACGUGAUGCUUCGCAGUCGGUGCCUCCCGACAUGAACUAUCACCACUCGAUGAACAUGAGCAACCCUGUUCCCCGUGCUCAGUCACGCUCUUCGCGCAGGCCGUCCUUCCCCGUCAUGCCUGCGCUUGACGAGAACAGGCCCAUCCGUGCUAUCUCAAAGACACCCUCGCCUCAGGCCCCAUCACCACCCAGACAGUCCGUGCGGCCACAACCGCAGCAGCCUCUACAAGCACCCCCACGGGUCAACUACCCCUGGUCUCCUGUCGAGCGUCCCAGCUUUGAGAAGGCCAUCCCUCCCUCAUCUGCGUUCCAGAUUGGUGAUGCCUCUUCGGUGUCAACCGCUUCCUCCAACGGGGUCUCCUACCAGGGACCCAUGAAGAAGCGCAAGACCAAGCUCCUGCGCCACGAGUGGCAAGACGGGUACUUCUCCAUCAAGGGGACCCGUCUCAACAUGCACAAGGACGCGCAGCACAUUGACCGUACCCUUGAGUAUGUGGACAUUGAUGACUACGCCAUUGCUUGCUCCAGCGUAGCGUCUACAUCCAAGUUGUCAGCUGCCUUCAAGAGGGUCAACAUCUCCCACAACCGCGAGAAGAGUGACCCUGGCGCGUUCCAGUUCCAGCUCAUCCCUCAAGACAAGAACACCGCUCGCCUUCGCAAGCGCGACAGUGCCUUGCCGUCACAGAUCCCUGUCGAGGGCGUCAACGGCACGGGGAAGACGCACCACUUCGCCGUGAAGAACCGCGACGAGCGCAUCGACUGGAUGCGAGAGCUCAUGCUCGCCAAGGCCCUCAAGCAAAAGGGCGAGGGCUUCGAGGUCAGCGUCAACGGCAGCAUGAUCUAG